AUGGGCACCGCGCCGAUGUGGAUGGUUGUCCUCAGCGCCGUCACCGCUGCCAUGGCCCAGGAAGACCUUUACAGAAAGGUGUUGGUGUUCCGGAAGGACCCCAGCGACGCCUACGUGCUGCUGCAGGCGCGGCCGGAGCAUCCCAUGCUCAACUUCACCGUGUGCCUGCGCUCCUACACCGACCUCACGCGGCCCCACAGCCUCUUCUCCUACGCCACCAAAGCUCAAGACAACGAAAUCCUCCUCUUCAAACCCAAACCCGGCGAGUACCGCUUCUACGUCGGGGGGAAAUACGUCACCUUCCGCGUCCCCGAGAACCGCGGGGAGUGGGAACACGUCUGCGCCAGCUGGGAGUCAGGCAGCGGCAUCGCCGAGUUCUGGCUGAACGGACGCCCGUGGCCCCGCAAAGGGUUGCAGAAGGGUUACGAGGUGGGCAACGAGGCCGUGGUGAUGCUGGGGCAGGAGCAGGACGCCUUCGGGGGAGGCUUCGACGUCUAUAAUUCGUUCACGGGGGAGAUGGCGGACGUCCACCUGUGGGACGCGGGGCUGCCCCCCGAUAAGAUGCGCUCCGCUUACCUGGCGCUGAGGCUGCCGCCGGCGCUGCUGGCCUGGGGACGCCUCCACUACGAGGCCAAGGGGGACGUGGUGGUGAAACCACGGCUGCGUGAGGCGCUGGGGGCCUGA